CUCUGCCACACAGAGACUGUUGCCACAUUCCUCAUUAAGGCUUUCCUGUGUUCUGCUGAGCCACAGGGCUGCUCUUGUUUACCUCAGGGAAUAAAGUAGAGAUGGACGAUUUCUGGGCGGGAGCCCUUUGGGCACUGGAGAUUUGGCUGUACCUCAUAAUCAUCCUCAUCAUGAUCCCAUCCAUGUUUGGAUUCUCACUGGGCAUUUCCGAGAUCUACAUGACCAUAUUGGUGAAAACCUUGGAGUGGGCCACUCUGAAUAUACAGAAAGCAAAUUCAGAUGAAAGAACACUCAAACCCUCAUCAUCUAAUGGUCUCAUCCAAAGAGAAAAUGGAUCAAUGGAGAAGGAGCUCGAGGAACUUCGACGAAGUCGCCCAAAACCACCAGUGGGUGGUGAUUUUACACUAAGUGACUGUUUCUAUUUCACCCGACAAGGGAUUGAGAGUAUUGUAGAUGAUCAGGUGACCCAGCGAUUCACUUCUGAGGAGCUGGUGUCCUGGAACUUACUGACUCGCACCAACAAUGAUUUCCAGUACAUAAGUCUGAAGCUGACACUGGUCUAUGGCCUUGGCAUCAUUGUGAGAUACUGCAUCCUUGCCCCCCUCAGAAUAACAUUGACCAUCAUCGGUGUUAGCUGGUUGGUAAUAGGAACAUCUGCAGUUGGAUUGCUUCCAAACUGGAGGAUAAAGUUCUGGCUCAGUGAGUUGGUCCACGUGAUGUGCUACAGAAUCUGUGCUCGAGGACUCUCUGCCACGAUUCGCUACCACAACAGGGAAAAUAAACCCAAAAAAGGAGGAAUCUGUGUUGCCAAUCAUACUUCUCCGAUCGACAUUGUGAUUCUGUGCACAGAUGGCUGCUAUGCUAUGGUGGGUCAGGUCCAUGGAGGCCUGAUGGGAAUUAUUCAGAGAGCCAUGGUGAGAUCCUGUCCUCAUGUCUGGUUUGAGAGGUCAGAGAUGAAAGAUCGCCAUCUAGUGACCAAAAGGUUGAAAGACCAUGUGAACGACAAAAAAAAGCUUCCUAUAUUGAUAUUUCCAGAGGGAACUUGUAUUAACAACACAUCUGUCAUGAUGUUUAAAAAGGGAAGUUUUGAAAUUGGAACAACAAUAUACCCAGUCGCCAUUAAGUAUGACCCAAAGUUUGGAGAUGCUUUCUGGAACAGUUCCAAGCACAGCAUGGUCAGUUACCUGCUGAGGAUGAUGACCAGCUGGGCCCUUGUAUGCAAUGUCUGGUACUUGCCAGCCAUGCACCAACAGGAGGGUGAAGAUGCUGUCCAGUUUGCCAACAGAGUGAAGUCAGCCAUCGCUCACCAGGGAGGGCUGGUAGAUCUGCAAUGGGAUGGAGGCCUCAAGAGGGCAAAGGUGAAGGAGACAUUCAAAGAGCAGCAGCAGAAGAAGUACAGCAACAUGGUGGUGAGAGAUGACAGCAGCAGCAACAGCGACUUAGAUCCUCAGUCAGACUAAUAAACGAAGGCCUUGUCUUGUGUUGGAGAAUAUCUACUGGAAAAAAAAUGCAGUGGUCCUCCAGUGUUUUCUCUCUGGCUGUAACUGACUGGGAAUACACGACAGUAGAUUUAAAAAACUGUGAGAACUUAGGUACAGCCAAAGAGAGGGAAGUCUCAGUGAUUCAUAGAUAACACAAGUGCAAUAUUGAACAUUAUGAGGAACUGAAAAAGGCAAGCUCUCUGUGUUUACUGCUGCUUUAAAAAAAGAGUUUGGGGUCACACAGCAUGUUCUAUAUUUUUUAUUUUUUAGAAAAUACAGAGACAUUUUGUUUCAGCAAUGAUUACUGCAGUGUUCCAGUGGCACAUUGAUUUAAAUAAUGCAAGUUCAACAUAUGAAAAGGCUGACUGACAGCACUUGUCGGUUUGAUCAUAGUCUCAAACACUUCCAGUAAAACAACUUUAGGAUUUUAAAAACUAUAAUGCAACAAAGCUUCAUGCACUCAAUAAACCAACUGAACUGCUUCUUUAAAGGGUACAACAGUUUUCAGCUGUGCUAACAUGAUAAAUUUGAUACAUUUGUGGUAGGUAGCUGUGUGUUUGUAAUACAUGAAUAACAUUGCUGCAAUCAUAAGUUAUGAUUUUAAGUUCUACUGAUUCUACAACCUUUUCGUCAAAAGUGGUAUUAGAUGAAAACAAGCAUCUAUUUUUUUUGUCUCAGAAACAAAGACGUAUUAAGUGACCCCAAACUACUGAGCACAGUGUUUACUGAUGUGAAAUGUGUGAUUGCAGAUGAGCCACUGGUUCAACAAACUGGCUUGAUGAAUGUCUAAUUUGUCGACUUAAAUGUGUUCUACUUGUUGUGUUUUUUUGGUUUGUUUGUUUGUCUACAUGUCAAAAGCCUAUGGUACAAAUGUUGCACUGUACAAACAAAUUCAGGUGUUGCCGUGUAAUACUGCAAAAGAAUUCACACCGAUAGCUACCAAACCGUGCUAGUUCUCAGUAAACUUGAACGAACAAACACAUUUGAGUUCAAAACUGACAGCAGCUUAGCAGUUGUUAUUCAAAAGGGAAAUUUGACCUCUUCUGCUUUUCAAAAGAAGCACACGAGUUUGACACUUGAAUAAUGAACAUUAACGUUGUUGUGCGUGACAGUCCAGUUCAUUUAAUGACAACAUGAGCUGUAACUGCUUCACAGUAUAACGCACAGAGCAGACUUUUUAGAUGGCUUCUCACUGGAUACUUUUCCUGAAAUUUCAUCCUCAUGGCCUCCAUUUUUCUCUGGGACUUCCUCUUUGGGCCCUUAAAGCAGAUUGGAGAAGCAUUUGUUUUAGGGAGACUUUUUGAAUGUUGCGUGUCCUGAUAUUUUCUGUUUGUUUGUCAAACUGUCAAUGAUCUCACCAUCAUUUUCGUGAUCACUGGGUUCUGUUUUGUCCUGAGUGCUCUGUUUAAAAACAAGUUUGAAUCAAUGAAAUUCUGUCUGAAAACCUUUAAACCAGUCGGCCUUUGACUGAUGAAAGUACUCACCUGCAAGGAGUCCCUUUUUCUCUGUUGUGCUUUGAGUUCCUGAUAUCUGCAAGUAUUAAUGACAAAGUAGAAAUCAUAGCUAAGAAACUCUGCAGUCAGAUGAAUGACUUUGUGUUUUAUAGUUAGGUCCAUAAGUAUUCAGAUAAGAAUAUUCUUUUUUUCAUUCAAGGUGUUAACAAAGUCCCUUAACGCAGUUAAUAUACAGCUAUUUUUAUACAUGGUCCUUCCUUUUCAGACACUCAAAAGUAACUGGACAAUUAACUGACAAGCAGUUUUGUGAUCUUGCAAGGUCUGUUGCCAUAAUUACAAUGUGUACAAAGUUUCUUAAAAAGAAGAAAUCCACUGGCCAGCUGAGCAACACCGAAAGGGUUAAAAGACCAUAGAAGACAACUGAAGUGCACAAUGACAGAAUUAUUAUGAAAACAGCUUUGAAACAUCUAGACAAGCCAAGAACAAACUGAAGGAGGUAGGUGUGAUAUUGUCAAAGUCUACAAUCGACAGCCACUGGUUAGACUCAGAAAGCCAAAAAAACAUCUAAAUGCACAAUUCUGGAAAAAAUAAAAUCUUUGGAAACCAAGAUGAACUUGUACAAAAAUAAUGAGAAAUUAUGGAGAUGUGCCAGUGCAACUGGGUUAUUGGUGUUUAUAGGUUAGGUGAGCAUGUGACGAUGCUGCAAACUGAUCAGAGUGCGCUUCACAGUGCAAAUGGACAAUUACCUAAAGCAAAAGCAAACCAAGAGUUUCUCAAAGCAAAGAAGGGCUAAGAAGUCAGUUACCUGAUCUGAACCUAGUAGAGCAGCUUUUCAGUUAUAAAAAAUGCAAAACUGAAGGCAGAAAGACCAACAAACAAGCAACAACUAUAAGUGACUGCAGAAAAAGAAAAGAGCAUCUCAAGGGAAGAAAUACAGCAUUUGGUGAUGUCCAUGGUUUCUAGACUUACAGUCAGUGAGUGCAAAGGAUUUUCAGCCAAGUAUCAAAACCGGUCUUUAUGUAUAAA